GUGCGGCUACAGCGGACUACGACCCUGGGACGUGUUUUUCCUACUUUUUAAAAAGUCUUUUUUAACUCGAAACUGGUAAUGACCACUACAUUUACCGUUUACACACCACAUUACACUUUUAUAUCGUAGCUUCGAUGUAUAACAAUGCGAAUACAUCGAUAAUAAUAAACGAACACCGUCAAAAUAACAAUUAACGUAAAGCUAGCUCGACGUUAAGGUCGAGAGGGAUCGUUGUUCUAGGUAGGCCUCUAUAAUGGUUCGUUAGCUUAAAAGAGACACGUCUAUACGAAAUUAUCACGCUUUGAUAAUGCAUAUUGUAACAAUACAACUACAGUACCUUACUAAACAGAUUGAAGACUAUUCUAAUUGUUUAUUUUGACGUUUUUUCUUAAUCUCUGCCUACAUUUAACGCUAACCUUAACGCUGCCGGGAUCGCUCGUAGUUCAUAACAGUUAUCUUUGGGGCUGCUUUUGUUAUUCAAAAGUAAGUAUGUGAUCAAUUUAUCAACUGUGUUUGGUUUUGACAGUUGUUCCAGAUCUUAAUCAUACCUUGGAGGUGACAUUUGACGUAAGAUUUUGAUCUUUGGCAUUUCUGAUUAUUAAAUAUAACAAUAACAUUUCACGUUAACUGGCAUUAUGGCAAACGACCGAGGACAUGUACUUUUCAACUUGUGAAGCUACAUUUAGAUUAUCUGUUAUUGCUGUUGUGCUUAUGUACGAUGAGAGCCAACAUUGUUCUUAAGUCUGAUCAAAUGAGUCGAAAUCAGGCCUCCAUAUUUGGAGUAAACAAACAACCCAGCCCGGAAACUGACUUUUUAGUCCUUGAUCCAGGAUAAAUGCGGGCUCACAAUAAAUUUAGAUGGUUUGAUAUUUCAGUAAACUGAAAGUGAGUUUGUCCACUGGCCCGGGUCUCUGUACAAUCUCAUUUAAGUUAGUCGUAGGCUCAUUGUGGAAACCAUAUUUCUCUCAUGUUGCUGUACCUCUGUGUUGAAAUGUCUCCUUUGUGUAUGUGCACAACUGUCUGUCUCCUAAUAACCCUUUUCAGCUCUCUGGGGAGUGUUUUUGAUUGAUUUGUAGGUAUUAUACCAUCCUCUUGGGCCUUUUGGGGGAUCCCUGGAUAUGGAUAGCUUUCCCCACUUUUGAGAAUACAUUGGCAGAAGAUGUUUUUCUCUUCAGCAUUGAUAACCAACAGCUGAAAACCCCUAGAGGCCUGAAUAUCCAGCCUAGUUUUUUUUCUCCUGCCACCAAGUGUGCAAAGUGCCUGCAAGUCCAAGAAGAAGCUGAGGAUUUUUUCCCCACUCGCCACCCUUUGUUUCUCCCCUUUUUGCUACACCGUUUAAAGCAUUUUUGGAUUUUUCCUUUUCUUCUUUGGCUGUUAAUGUCCCAUUAUUUCAUUUUUCUUUGGUUAAUUCAAUGAUGGAGAAAAAUCACAUAAAGAAAUCCCCUAAGGACUGUAUUGCACCUACCAUCAGUAAUGCUUAGCAGUCAUGGCGGAGAUAAAGAUGUCUCAGAGAGUCUCAGAAAAGGGAGUUCGUAGGAAGACAAGUGUCUCUGGACGACCCAACCCCCUUUUCCUCUUAUCUCAUGGAUCAAGUGUUCCUUCAGGACUCAGUACCACCACGAAGACAUCGUACCAGCACUGCGUUCAAGAGGGAGACAACUUCUCAGCCACCUCAGGGGGAGUCCUGUUGGCCGUGAAGAGAACCAGCUGCUGGAUUUGAAGACCAAAUCUCAACACUUCCGCCACUGAAGACUCAUACCAGCACUACUAUGAACAACAAUGGAGAUGACUGCUACUUCUUCUACUAUUCAACCUGCACUAAAGGAGACAGCUGCCCCUUCAGACACUGUGAGGCAGCAAUGGGAAAUGAGACCGUCUGCAGCCUCUGGCAAGAAGGACGCUGCUUUCGUGCUGUCUGCAAGUUUCGCCACAUGGAGAUCACAAAAAACAGAAAGGAGAUUCCUUGUUACUGGGAGAAUCAACUUGCCGGCUGCCAGAAGCCACACUGUGCCUUCUUCCAUGAAAAGCCACGCUACAUCGAUGGCAUUUUUGUCCCACCAGAUAAAUCUCAAGUUAAGACUGAGGAACAACCACAGGAGGAACCGGCUCCUCCACCACCUGCUCCUCUCCCCACAGCAGCAUCAAACCCUCAGCUCAGAGGAGUCAUCAAGACAGAAGCUCAGGAACCAGUACCGAGUCCUACACACCCACCAGUGGUGAUCAAUCCUGCAGACGAUGAUGAGGAUGAGGAUGACCAAUUCUCAGAGGAGGGAGAGGAUGGCAAAGUUGGCCCUUCUCCUCGGAAACUACAAAAAUCAGGUGAUUCUCUGAACUUUGGAGUGAGCACCCUGGAGGAGAUCCGGCUGAGGAAGGCCUUGAAGGCCAGCAUGAAGAGAGUGGGUUACCCAAUCCCGUGUGCUGAUAGCUCCACCAACGGAGAGAAGGAAAACAUCCGCUCAAUUUUUCACCCGGUCCUCUUUGAGCCAAGACAAGACUCACUUGUCUUUGAAGAAACUGUGAGACCAAGAGGAAGCAUAGCUGAAAGGCUCGGAAGAAAGCUGCCCAACACAGACCUGAGACGCGUAGAAGGCGCCCCAAUGAAGAGGAGUCUGGCUGAGCGUCUGGGCAGAGUUGUGGAAGAAGAAGAUCCCUUGAUGCCCCCUCAGAAGGCUUUGAAGCCCAUUAAGGAGAGGCUUGGGUUGUCAGCUGGGUCUGUUUCCCCAUCUUACCAAGCUGAGACUGUUGCAGAGCCAACGAAAGCUCCCGAACAGCUCCUCAUCAAAACCCUGGAGCAGAUCAAACAGGAGAAGGCAGCCAAGUCUCAGAACCAGAAAGAUGACCCGUCAGUCAUUGCUCCAGAACCCAACUUUACAAAAACCGUCAUUAACAAACCCAACAAGGGUGUCAAACGGGCCAUCACCAUCAAAGAGGAUUCCAUCAGUGAGGUGAAGACGUUCUCCGAAAUCCUCCGAGCCAAGAAGAAGAGGCAGGAGGAGCAACAGGAGCAGAAUUCCAGCCCUAGGAACGCAAGGAACUGUCCAGAGAAGGCUCUGGGGAAGAAAAAUGACAAAGCCAGACCUGGUCCUGAUGCUCCAGAUGUGGGGGAGGUCAGAGUGAAGACCCUAGAGGAGAUCCGCAGAGAGAAGGCAGCAAGGUUUCAGGCUCAGCAAGCAAUUGAGGCUGACAACAAGAAGAGUUCUGACAGUGAAGAGAGCGAGGCGAAGAAACCACAACUUCUGCGCAUAAAGAAACCUGCUUCUCCAGCAGGCAGUAACACUGCUACAGAGACGACUCCUUCCCUGAUGGAGAAGCCACUGAAACCUCAAAUUGCUGAUCCUGAGACUAAUGCUGCCAACAGUGUCAAGGUGAAGACCUUUGAGGAGAUAAUGCGGGAGAAACGCCUUCGUAAGCAGGAGAUGGAAGAACAGGCCAAGAACUCGUCUGAGGCAGAACCUUCUCAGAAACAGAUCCCUGAGGAAUCCCCGAAGAGGAAGAUUCCUACAAGAGUCACUCUUAAAUUACCCGACUCAUCAUCAUCCUCCUCCACCUCCCAAACUCCUGACACCACUGUCUCCAACCAGAAGCUUCCUGUUCGUAAGCUCGUUCCCUUCAAAUCCAAGGCUGCUUCCCCUCCAAAAAGCACAACAGGUGCAAGAAGAGCUGCCGAUACCUCGGUCUCUGUGACACAGAGCUCUCCUCCGCCAGUGGCAGAGUCGAGCUCACAGAGUCCCACCAGCUCCAAGGAGAUCCCAGAGAAAAACACUAAAACCCCAGCCACUCUGUCACCAACGAAACAGACCAGAGCAGCCCUUCAGGCUCCUGCUGCAGAAGUCCCUGCUGCUGAGAAAACACUGAAUAAUACCAAGAAGACCAACCCAGAACAGACUACGGACACCAGAGUGAGGCCCAAGUUGAACGUGAAGCCAUCUGUGGUGAAGCCUGCAGCGCAGGUGAAACCUGGCCAGAAGAGGAAAGCAAUGGAGCGGUCUGCUAUUGCUGCUGUGAAACCUCUGAACAGCACUGCCGCGGUGCAGGAAGAGCCAUUACAGGAGACAAUGAGUCAAGACAAACAGGUGUCCCCAUCCUCCAGUGCAGAGGCCCUACAGAACUCUGCUGUUCCCGAUAGUCCCAGCACCCUGCUGGACUCCAGCUGCAGCUCCAGCUCACUUACAGAAGAGCUACAGACAGUUCCUGUUUUCAGAAAGAGUCAAAGCAAAAAAGCAAAGCAAAGUGUUGCUGCAAUCAGUGUUCCUGCUGCCAGAGAGGCCAGCACAGUCCCACAAAGCCCAGUCCUGAAAAGUCCCACCCAGCCAAAGUCCCGGAGGCCGAGUGCAGCUGCAUCACGUGCUGCAGCUACAUCUACAGCUGCUGCCUCCACCUCUGCGCUGGACGACUUCGACGAGCUGAUCAGCGAGUUCACUGACGACCAACUGGGGGAGGAAGUGGACCCUGAGAUCGGAGAGGAUGACCUGCUGCAGGAACUGUCAGAAAUGAUCGACAGCUGAGGAAUCUGUUGAAGACAAUCAGAACUUUGUAUUUUAAAAGACUUUCUUAUUUGUUCAUGUUUUUCAGUUAAGUCAUCUUCUCUCCUUUUUAUUUCCCUCUAAUGUGAUCAUCUGGUGGGAGUUAUCCUGCAGGGAGUUUAUUUUUCUUAGAUAAUGUUGGUUCAUGAUCACUUUCAAACUUAUCAGGUUCUGAGAAAAGUAUAAAAAAGCACUAAUGGAGAUGUUGUGAAUAUCCUCCUUAGUUUAAAGAUGAAAAACGUUGGGAAUGACGAAUGUGUAGUGACAGAGAGAAGUUAAAUGUGUAUACUGUGUAUGCAAAGGGAAGAGCUAGCUAAAUACAGAAAUGAAUACUGCUGCACUUGCAGUAACCUGCCCCCACCCGUUUGUGUUUUAUGUAUCUGUGAUUGGACAAGACUGCUUGGCUGUUUCUAAGAUUAUGAUUUUUAAAUUGAUGAGCCUCUUGAAGCUCAGGUCACAACCUGUCAGAGUUGUGAUUUCCGUUUGAAUUUCAUCCCCUGUUUCAUGUUUAGAUGGUCUUACCGACGAGGUGUAUGUGGUUUAUAAAUGUCUCUGUCCUCUAGUGGUUUUUAUAAUGUUUGACUGAAAUGUUUAUUUUUUGAAUCAGUUCUUUUAUUCAACGGACAUACUUUGAAACAAACCGGUCUUUGUUAACAAACACCUCAGGGACUGUUUCUGAUCUUUCUAUGAUUAACAAGCACUGUUACUUCAAUUCAGACUGCGCUGUCUUCACUUGUCUUUUUAUACUCUCUGUUAUCUGUUUCACAAGUGUGGUCUGAGAAAAGAUCGACUUGUUUUUUGGACGUAAUGUAUUUGCUUUGUCCUGACCCUUUCCCAAAACCUUAUGACUCAAAGUGAAAUGUAAAAACAAUGAUGUAAAUAAAGAAUACUUUUAAUGAC